AUGGAAGCCACGAGCGGACCGGGUAGCUCGAAUGCUGAGGCUGCUAACCCUAGUGGUAGCCAUGAUAUGGCUACGGAUAAAUUGGAUGUGGCUCGACUAUUAGUAGAAGCCGAAAUGAGAUCUCAAAUAGAUAGUAGUGUAGUGGGUCCCCCUUCCACUACUCAUAGGGCGAGCGACCUAAAUCGUACGGCGAUGAGGCUUGAUAAGGCCUCUCGAAGGAUGACCACUCGAAGUGGGCAUUUGCGGAAUAAGGGCGGAGGUAGUCGAGUG